AUGGGAAUUUUCAUCGGGAUUGAUUCGAUUGAACCUGUCACCAUUACUUCAAUCCCACUUCCACUGAAUGUGUUGGAUCUGUCUGCAAAUGAAUUGAAUGGUCCUUUAUUGCUAGGUAUUCAGCAUACAGUAAAUUUAGAGGUGCUCUUACUUUCAGACAACAAAAUUGGAGGAUCAAUUCCAGUUUCCUUAGAGAGACUGACAUCUCUAAAACUUCUAGAUUUGUCAAAUAAUCAGCUGAGAGGACAUAUUGCUGAUAGUUUGUGUGAAUUGCAAUCGCUUGAAGUGUUGCAUUUGCAGAACAACCAUUUAAGUGGACAUAUCCCUGCCGGCCUGGCCAAACUGUCGGCACUUAGAUUUCUCAACCUAGCAAAUAAUGAUCUGGAGGGUGAGAUUCCUAAAGACUUUGGAAACUUAACACUGCUUCUCUCUUUCCAUCUUGGAAAGAAUAAUCUGCAAGGACUCCUUCCUCUGUCCUUAAUAGAACUUUCACAGCUGGAGGUGCUUGACGUGGCAGAAAACAAUUUGACAGGAAACAUUCCAGAUUGGAUUGCUAACUACUCAAAUCUACAAGUUCUUGUUCUGAGAUCAAACAAUUUCAGAGGUAAUCUACCUCUACAGAUCGGCAAAAUAGCGGAGCUUCGAGUCCUCGACCUUUCUUCGAAUCUUUUGACCGGUGAAAUUCCAAAUAGCUACUUAAAUUUCUCAGCCCUCGUCCAUGUAGAGGAAGAUGUGUCUGUGCUUGGAGAAAACCGUGGGGAACGCUACUUCACUAGACAUUAUCGUGGUGGUCAUGCUGUAAGCGACACAGUGCUUGGAGAAAAUAUUGGCAGAAAAUACUAUUUAGAGGACUUAGAUCUAAUUACAAAAGGAUCGGAAAGGUAUUAUGGUUAUGUCUUUUCAAGUAUGACAUGCAUUGAUCUGUCAAACAAUAGAUUAUCGGGCCAUCUUUCAACGGAAAUUGGAAAUCUAAAAGUCUUGAUGUUUCUAAACCUUUCUAGGAACAGUUUCAAUGGUGACAUUCCAGGUAGCAUAGGCAAUCUUAGUCAGUUGGAAUCGCUGGAUCUUUCUCUUAACAGAUUUUCAGGAAAAAUUCCAGUCCAGCUUGGUUCUCUGGAUUAUUUGGGGUAUUUAAAUCUCUCUUACAAUAAUCUGUCAGGGGUGAUACCACAGCAAGGUCUUCAUAUGAUAACAUUUGAUAAAUCAGCAUUUUCAGGAAAUCCAAAUCUCAGGGGAUGCCCUGUUGAAAGCUGGAAGUGUUCUACGCAUCAUUCACCACUUACUCCUCCUACCAUUGAUGUCAAGGAAGAUGCAAAGCAAGGAUUUUCAUGGUAUGAGCUGAGCAUUGGAUGGUCAAUUAUGGCAGGAUUUUUGGCCGUGGUUUUGGUACUCACUUUCAAAGCGAACUGGAGAAAGAAGAUCUUUGACCAGAUGGACUGUGUCAUACAAUCUGUGUUAGGGUAG